AUGCCAGUGUACUCUCUCACGGUCUACCAAAUUUAUUUAUUGCUUAAGCAAAGGUUCAUAUAAAUAAAUUCAACACUAAGUCUCUGUCCACCUGCUUGUGAUCACACAAUGGUUUUACACAAGCCACAUAGUGCCCAUAUCUUAUGGGUUGGGCUGCUUUUUUGUUGCUUUGUAGAGAUAAGCACUUGUCUAGAGUUUACAGGUGCUGAAGGCCAGUGGGCUAGAUUUCCAGUUUGGAAUGCGUGUUGCGAAAGUGAAAUGAGCUUCAAUAUGAAAACAAAGAGUUCGCACGGGCUGUUAGUUUACUUCGAUGAUGAGGGAUUUUGUGACUUUCUCGAACUUCUCAUACUGAAUGGUAAACUCAGCCUCCGUUUCUCGAUCUUCUGUGCCGAGCCUGCGACCGUCGUGUCUGACACGGCGGUCAACGACAGCCAAUGGCACGCAGUCACAAUAAGGAGAAACUUUAAGAACACAACCCUGAAGGUGGACAAUGAGAACAAAUGGGUGGAGGUGAAGUCAAAAAGACGGGAUAUGACUGUUUUUAGCCAUUUGUUUGUUGGUGGAAUACCACCGGAGUUACGAUCUGUGGCGUUACGACUCACAUCAACUGCAGUCAAGGAUCAGCCACCUUUCACUGGAUGGAUAACUGACAUAAAGGUCAACAACACAGAGUCUAUCAUGAACAACAGUGAAGGAGUCUUAAAGGACCUCUGCGGUUCAGCCAACAUGUGCUUAAAUGGAGGAGUCUGCAGUAUAAUUAACAACGAACCAACAUGUGACUGCUCUCGGACAGGGUUUCAAGGAAAGGACUGCAGUGAAGAAGACAACUAUACUGAAGGUCUGGCACACCUGAUGAUGGGCGACCAAGGUAAAAGUAAAGGGCAGAGAGGGGAAGUUUGGCUACUAAGGUCCCUUCUCAGCAUUCAAGGAAAAGAAGAGUAUGUCGCCACCUUCAAAGGAUCUGAGUUCUUCUGCUACGACUUGUCCUUGAACCCGAUUCAAAGCAGCAGUGAUGAAAUCACAUUGUCAUUCAGAACCCUGCAGAGGAAUGGACUGAUGCUGCACACGGGCAAAUCAGCCGAUUACGUCAACCUGGCCCUGAAAAAUGGGGCUGUCUCACUCGUCAUUAAUUUGGGGUCUGGAGCCUUUGAAGCUCUUGUGGAGCCAGUCAAUGGGAAAUUUAAUGACAAUGAUUGGCAUGAUGUCAAAGUAACAAGGAAUCUACGUCAGCACUCAGGCAUUGGACACGCUAUGGUAACAAUAUCCGUGGAUGGGAUUCUGACCACCACAGGAUAUACACAAGAAGACUACACCAUGCUAGGCUCUGACGACUUUUUCUAUGUUGGAGGGAGUCCUAGCACAGCUGACCUGCCUGGAUCUCCAGUUAGCAACAACUUCAUGGGAUGCCUCAAGGAGGUUGUGUACAAAAACAACGAUGUGAGACUUGAGCUGUCCAGGAUGGCCAAGCAGGGUGAUCCCAAGAUGAAGGUCCAUGGCACUGUGGCCUUCAAGUGCGAGAAUGUGGCCACUCUUGACCCCAUCACAUUCGAGACGCCAGAGUCUUUUGUCAUCCUCAACAAGUGGAACGCUAAGAAGACGGGCUCCAUCUCCUUCGACUUCCGCACCACAGAGCCCAACGGUCUUCUGCUCUUCAGCCAUGGCAAGCCCAAGCAGCAGCCAAAAGAUUCCAAGAAUCCUUACACUCUCAAGGUGGACUUCUUUGCCAUUGAGAUGCUGGACGGCCAUCUGUACCUACUGCUGGACAUGGGCUCAGGAACCACAAAGACCAAGGCAGUCAAUAAGAAAGUCAAUGAUGGCGAGUGGUACCAUGUGGACUUCCAGCGAGAUGGCAGAUCAGGUACCAUCUCUAUCAACACUCUCCGCACUGCCUACACAGCCCCCGGAGAAAGUGAGAUCUUGGACUUGGAUGACAAUCUCUACCUCGGGGGUCUGCCAGAAAACAAAAUUGGGCUGGUGUUCCCCACUGAGGUGUGGACAGCACUACUCAACUAUGGCUAUGUGGGCUGCAUCCGGGAUCUAUUCAUUGACGGACAGAGUAAGGAUGUCCGGCGUCUGGCUGAAGUCCAGAAGGCCGCCGGGGUGAAGCCCUCCUGCUCUAAGGAGCCUCCCAAACAGUGUUUGAGCAACCCCUGCCAAAACAACGGAGUCUGUAGAGAGGGCUGGAACCGCUACGUGUGUGACUGCUCUGGGACUGGAUACCUGGGUCGCUCCUGUGAAAGAGAGGCGACUAUCCUCAGCUACGACGGCAGUAAGUUCAUGAAGGUGCAGCUGCCAGUGGUGAUGCACACAGAAGCCGAGGAUGUGUCUCUGCGCUUCCGCUCCCAGCGAGCCUACGGCAUCCUAAUAGCCACCACAUCGAGGGACUCUGCUGACACCCUGCGUCUCGAGCUGGAGAGCGGCCGCGUCCGCUUGACUGUCAAUUUAGAUUGUAUCAGGAUUAACUGUUCCUCCAGCAAAGGCCCAGAGACUAUUUUUGCGGGUCAGAAUCUGAACGAUAAUGAGUGGCACACAGUACGUGUGUUCAGGAGGGGCAAGAGUUUGAAACUGACCGUAGAUGAUCUGCAGUCUGUGGAAGGUCAAAUGGCAGGUGACCACACCCAACUGGAGUUCCAUAACAUUGAGACAGGCAUUGUGACUGAGAAGCGCUUCAUGUCCAUGGUGCCGUCCAACUUCAUCGGCCACCUCCAGAGCCUCUCUUUCAACGGCAUGGCCUACAUUGACCUCUGUAAAAAUGGUGACAUUGACUACUGUGAGCUCAAUGCCAUGAUUGGCUUCAAGAACAUCAUCGCUGACCCCGUCACCUUCAAGUCGCGCUCCAGCUAUGUGACCCUCACUACUCUGCAGGCCUACUACUCCAUGCACCUUUUCUUUCAGUUUAAAACCACCUCCUCUGACGGCCUCAUCCUGUUCAACAGCGGGGAUGGGAACGACUUCAUUGUGGUGGAGCUGGUCAAAGGUUACCUGCACUAUGUGUCUGACCUGGGAAAUGGAGCCCACUUGAUCAAAGGCAACUCAAACAAGCCCCUGAACGACAACCACUGGCACAAUGUCAUAAUCUCCAGAGACACCAACAACCUCCACAUGGUGAAGAUUGAUACCAAGAUCACCACGCAGAUGACCACGGGAGCCAAGAACCUGGACCUGAAGGGUCACCUUUAUGUUGGUGGGGUGGCUAAGGAGAUGUUCAAGGAGCUUCCCAAACUGGUGCAUGCCAAGGAAGGGUUUCAAGGUUGUCUGGCUUCGAUGGAUCUGAACGGCCGGCUCCCAGACUUGAUGUCGGAUGCUCUGGACUGUGUGGGACAGAUAGAGAGAGGAUGUGAAGGCCCCAGCACGACGUGCCAGGAGGACUCGUGUGCCAACCAGGGUGUGUGUCUUCAGCAGUGGGAGGGCUUCAGCUGUGACUGCAGCAUGACGACAUUCGGAGGACCGCUCUGUAAUGAUGCGGGAACAACAUACAUAUUUGGGCGAGAUGGUGGACUGAUCACAUACACGUGGCCGCCAAAUGACCGCCCCAGCACAAGGGCAGACCGGCUAGCCAUUGGCUUCAGCACGCACCUGAAGGAUGCGGUCCUGGUGAGGGUGGACAGCUCCUCUGGUCUCGGAGACUUCCUGAAGCUGCACAUUGAAAAAGGAAAUAUUGCCGUUGUAUUUAAUGUCGGAACAGAUGACAUUAAUAUUGAGGAGACGUCAAAGUUUGUAAAUGACGGAAAGUACCAUAUAGUGAAGUUUACGAGGAGUGGGGGUAAUGCCACUCUGCAGGUGGAUGACCUGCCAGUCAUUGAGCGCUACCCCACAGGCAACAAUGAUAACGAACGCCUGGCGAUUGCUAGACAGCGAAUCCCAUACCGACUUGGUCGAGUAGUUGACGAAUGGCUACUCGACAAAGGGCGGCAGCUUACAAUCUUCAACAGCCAAACCACUAUACAGAUUGGGGGCUGGGAGAGAGACCGAAGUCGAUCCUUUCAGGGCCAGCUUUCGGGCCUCUACUAUAAUGGCUUGAAGGUGUUUAACAUGGCCGCAGAGGGAGAUCCCAACAUUAGGGUCCAGGGCAGCGUGCGGCUUGUGGGGGAUUCGCCCUCUUCUAUCACGCCGCAGUCAAGCACCACAGCCAAUCGCUCAGAGACUUCCACGUCCAUCAUGGAGAUAACCACCACCACGGCGUCCAGCAGGCGAGUCAAACAGACUACGCCACGAGAGCCUCAGCAGACAACCGACGACUUGCUGGUGGCAUCAGCCGAGUGUCCGAGCGACGAUGAAGACAUUGAUCCCUGUGAGCCGAGCUCAGGUGGGUUAGCCAACCCCACUGGUGCUGGACCCAAUGGCUUCCCAGGCACCUCGGAGGUCUUCCGGGAGUCCAGCAGCACAACAGGGAUGGUGGUUGGCAUCGUGGCAGCAGCUGCGUUGUGUAUCCUCAUCCUGCUUUACGCUAUGUACAAAUACAGGAACAGAGACGAAGGUUCAUACCACGUGGACGAGAGUCGCAACUACAUCAGCAACUCUGCGCAGUCCAACGGCACCGUCGUCAAAGAGAAACCGGUGAACACCGCAAAACCCUCGAGCAAGAGCAAGAAGAACAAGGACAAGGAGUACUACGUGUGAUUGUCAGAGCGUUGGUCUUUGCCAGACCAACUUAAACACUUGUGGAAGAGACAAAUCAGGACAUCAACAUGUGUAUAGUAUAAUAACAAAGAUGAACAUUAUUUAGUCAUUUUUCCUACAAGACAAUGCUCUGAAAAGUAAUUAUGAAAAGUGAAAAAAUAACUUUCUUUAGACUCAAGAUUCAGUCCAGAAGGAGACUGAUAGAAAAUGGCUCUGGCGACCAGUCGAACAUGAACUGAAUACAUAUCGAUCAUGACAACCAAACAACAUUAACCCAUCUGUGACUUGUUUCCUUGGCCAGGAUUAUGUGAUCCAACUCCCUUGUUUCUGGUAAACAGAGGAGCUGAUGCACUUUGCAAAAGGAGAUCGGCAUUACACACUUCCUCCUGAGACUUUUUCUAGAGGAAAUGACACGAUGCAUAAUAAAUAGACACAUACAUAACUACACCAAACAUUUACCG